UCCUCAGCUGCGCAGGUCUUCUCUGAAAGAAGCACUUGUGUUGGAGCUCGACUCGAGCAAGUACUAAUUUUUCGAAAGCUGGACGAUCAAGAACUACCAUAGCCAUCAUCAUCCCCAAAAUGCAUUGCUGGGUUCGAGCUUCUCCCGCUGAUUUUGCUGGUUCUCUUCCUCAACCUCGCAGCGGGCACACUGCGGUCAACAUCGGCAAGUCAAAGGUGAUCUUCUUCGGCGGCUUCAUCGACAAGAAAUUCCUCAACGACAUAUAUGUCUACGACAUCGAGAACAGAUUGUGGUUUCAGCCGGAGUGCACUGGGAGUGGGUCUGAUGGGCAGGUGGGUCCCUGCCCCAGAGCAUUUCAUGUUGCUGUUGCGAUUGAUUGUCAUAUGUUUGUGUUCGGCGGUCGUUCCGGUAGCAAGAGAUUGGGUGACUUUUGGGUCCUCGAUACCGAUAUAUGGCAAUGGUCAGAGCUCACUGGCUUUGGUGACUUGCCUUCUGCGCGGGAUUUUGCCGCAGCUUCAGCUAUUGGAAACCAGAAAAUAGUUAUGUUUGGUGGCUGGGAUGGUAAAAAGUGGUUAUCAGAUGUGUAUUUAUUGGACACAAUAUCACUUGAGUGGGUGGAACUAUCAAUUUCUGGAUCUUUACCGCCUCCUCGAUGUGGCCAUACAGCUACCAUGGUUGAGAAGCGCUUACUUGUCUAUGGUGGCAGAGGAGGUGGUGGGCCAAUCAUGGGUGACUUGUGGGCUCUGAAGGGACUUAUUGAAGGAGAGAAUGAAACACCUGGAUGGACACAACUAAAGCUUCCCGGUCAAGCUCCUUCACCUCGUUGUGGUCACACUGUUACAUCUGGAGGGCUCUAUCUCUUGUUGUUUGGAGGGCAUGGGACAGGUGGCUGGCUGAGUCGCUAUGAUAUUUACUACAAUGACUGUAUUAUCUUGGACAGAGUUUCAGCACAGUGGAAGCGCUUGCCUACUACCAAUGAACCACCUCCAGCUCGUGCUUACCAUUCUAUGGCAUCUAUUGGCUCACGUCAUCUGUUAUUUGGUGGUUACGAUGGAAAAGUGACUUUCGGCGAUUUCUGGUGGUUAGUUCCAGAAGGGGAUCCCAUUGCAAAGCGACGGACGGUCUCUCCUCCUAGAAAUUUUUGUGAAGAUCAGGGUUCCACAGUGUCAAAUGAUAGCGUCCUAUCAGCAAUAGAGGAAAGGGAGAAGGAAGAAACUGCAAUUUCAGAGCUGCAGAAGAGAUUAGGGAUUUCUGUUUCGCUAUCUAAUCCAGGGCGUGAAAUUGUGGAUGUGUCAGAGGACAGGGAAUUUUGUGACCUGGCAUCGAGAAUCACUGGAGAUACGAUUUCAAGUGGUGGAAAGGAUGCAACUGGGGUUCUUCGUGACCACUGGAAGACAGUGGAUGCCAAGGCCAUGCCACUCAAGGAGCUUGGUCCUUUGCUUCAUGAUUACCAGCGCUUGAUCACACACCAUAUAGAAAAAAGUGGAUCUGAUGAACAAUCGAUUGAGACUGGCCUGCUGGGGAAGGAGGCACAUCGAUUUUACCAUUUGAGGAAUGCAAUUCAGUUGCGUAUGGAUGAUAUUCCAAAAUUGCUGGCAGAGUACCGGAAACUUCUACCUGGCUGAACGUGAUCUGCAGAUUUUGUGAGACAAAAAAAUGACUCCACAAGCAUGCUCAUUGAAGAGUUUGUCCAUCUAAAAAUUGUGAAGAAAAAAAUUAGCAUAGUUGAUACGUGAGAGCUACAGGGGAUUGAUACAGAUCUACAACUUGCCUAUUCAUGGGAUUAUUAAUUGUAUACAGAAGACAUUUUCCAACACUAGCUACUUUCGGCCAAAAA